UUUACGUCCAGAGAUCAAUCGCUUCCUGAUUCUCCGCCUUUUCGUUCUCUCCUAAUUUCUGAUCAAACAGCACCCCAUCUGGUUUCGCGUAUGUUCCACUUCUUUUUCCUCUCGCUCCAUCGGGUUUCCAUAUUAGCUUCCCCCUUUUUCCUUUUUCCUUUUUCCUUUUUCCUUUUUAGGUUUGAUUUCCAAAUCAGAAAGACGAUCAACGCCAGGUAACACAGAAAGACGAUCAACCCAGUUGCUAUAGAGAUCGGUAAAGAUGGAAACCAGUAGGAAUGAUGAUUUCGAUUUUGAGGAAGAAGAACUUUUAGGGCUUCCUCCGGGGGUAACAUUCAAUCCCACUGAUCAACACUUAGUUGCUUACUUUUUACGCAACAAAAUUCAUGGAAAGCAGGCUCAUCUUCUCAACAUCUUCAUCAUCGACGCCGACGUCUACGCAUCUCACCCGGCGGUUUUACCAUGGGGAUUCCACCCUGGACUCACUAGCUCUUAUCGCUACUACUUCUCCAGACGCCACAAAGUCUCUGCAAACUGCAAUGCCAACAGACCCAAACGGACCGUCGACUGUGGAUGGUGGCGUUCUGAUACCGGCGACAAAGAUAUUAUGCGUCGUGGUAAAGUUAUCGGUCGGAAGAAGACACUUUCUUUUUUGGUCUAUAAGGAUCCGAGCAAGAAACGGAAAGAAGCCCAGAAGACAGGGUGGAUUAUGCACGAGUAUCGGCUUGCUGAAGAUUCCUUUCAAGAAUGGGUUCUGUGUAAGAUUUAUAAUAAAGCUAGCAAGAAAAACAAAAACUUAGAGAUCGAGACAGCUGAUUCGCCAAUUAGUGAGACAACUGCGAUUCUGUCGGAGGAUCAGCCGGAAUCGACUUUGGUUGAAACAGAUAAUCAGUAUGGUGGUUCAGAUAAUACUCCCCAGAAUGUGGAGUGUUCGUAUAGGGAAGAAGAUUUGACUGACAGGGUUUCCUUGUUUUGGUGCGAUAAUGAGCAGCCGGAAUCGACUUUGGUUGAAACAGAUUAUCAGUAUGGUGGUCCAGAUAGUACUCCCCAGAAUGUGGAUGAGCGUUCGCAUACGGAAGAAAUAAAUGGCUGGGUUUCCUCGGUUUUGCGCGAUAAUGAGCAGCCGGAAUCGACUUUGGUUGGAACAGAUAAUCAGUAUGGUGGUUCAGAUAGUACUCACCAGAAUGUGGAUGACCGUUCGUAUGCGGAAGAAAUUGACUGGGUUUCCUCGGUUUUGCGCGAUUAUGAGCAGCCGGAAUCGACUUCGGUUGAAACAGAUCAUCAGUAUGGUGGUUCAGAUAGUACUCACCAGAAUGUGGAUGAGCGUUCGUAUGCGGAGGAAAUCAAUGACUGGGUUUCCUCGGUUUUGCGCGAUAAUGAGCAGAAUAUUCACGAUUUACAGAGUUAUUGAAUUUGCUACAGUGACAUGCAUGAUUCAUGGGGAUGAAGAAUGAUGAGCAACUCGUGGAAGUCUUCUUCUUCUUUUUUGUUUAGAACAGACAAAGUGUAGAUAAAGAACUUGAGAAUGUUCUUGUCAUGUCAAAUCAAGUAAUAUGAAAUUAGAAAUUUACUUGAAAUUGUUAUUUUUAAUUAAUUUAACGCACGUGUUACAAAUAAAUCAACCUAAA